UUUGCUUCUUCCGGGUUGUGAACAGGAUCUGAUUGGACAGUAUACUGGCAAACGUGUCUUCUCUUGUUAAGGCAGAUUUUCCACCACUAUCGUUCCUGUAUAGUACAGAGAGUAUCGCGCGUAGAUUUAAUAAAAUAACGAGUCAGUGUUCUGUUUGAUGGUAUAACAAAUGCUUUUAAAGAGACCCGUACUGGGUUUCUUCUUCUGUAUUGUCUACUUGAAUUGUUAUGUUGUAAAUAAGUAUGUCCUUUCAGUCUUGAAAUUUACCUAUCCAACCUUAUUUCAAGGGUGGCAGACCUUAGUUGGAGGAUUAUUGCUUCAUGUGACUUGGAAAACGGGUUUUGUCGAAGUUGGCAACUUUACAAGGUCUGCAGUGCUGUCAUGGCUACCUGGUUCUGUGCUGUUUGUGGGAAUUAUUUAUGCUGGUUCGAGGGCCUUGUCAAGGCUGCCAAUUCCGAUAUUUUUUACCUUUCACAAUGCAUCAGAGGUUUUCGCCAGCCUGACUAGAUGGUUUAUUUGCAAGGAGUCAGCAUCGCCUACAAAAUUUCUGAGCUUGUUGCUCCUGGUGAUUGCAGCUACAUGCCUGCCAUAUUAUGAUGCUCAGAAACGCAGGUUUUCAUUAGGGAAUGUAGAUUUUUCCUGGUUAACCAAACCUUGA